AUUAUUUUUCUCCCUAAUCCCCUUUGAAAAAAAAAACAUUUUUCUUUUCCUUCCGUUUUCCUCCCUCCGAUUCAAUUCAUUCCCAGAGGAAAAUAAAAGAAAAGAAAAGAAAAUCGUCGUCACCACCACCAUCAUCAUCAUCAUCAUCGCCGUAAAUUCAAUCUCCUGUAAUCAAUGGAUCUCGGGUUUUUCCUAACCGUACGAUGAUUCUGGAUGUUCCGUUUCACGAUGGGAUUAAAAUCCGUCGGUGAAUUUCUCAAGAAACUGGAAUCGUAGCGUAGUGUUUUCAACGAGAGGAGGGUUAAGGUUACUUUCUUAACUAUAACCUUUUUUGUGUGUGUUUUAUUUAUGUGAUGAUUAAUAGUAAUGAAAGUGGAAUUGGAAUUGUGAAAAAGGAAUUUGUGAGUUUGAAUUGAAAAAUUAGGGUCUGGUUGGGUCUGUUUCUUUUAGAGUGAUGGAUGAGGUUAGACCUAGUAGUUGUAGUAGUGAAGCGGAGCAGACUCAGUCCAGAGAAACGGUUGUCGAAACGGCGUCGUCGUCUUCGUCUUCUUCGGGAUGGCGUCCCAGGGAGCUUGCUUUUGCUCCUUUUGUACCGAGGGGUGAAGAACUACAGCAACAAAAACUUGGAAAGUCCUCAAAGUUGCGUGCUGUUGUUAGGAAACCUUUGGUGGCAAGAUUGACCAAGGAAAUAGUUGAAACAUACCAAAUAUGCAAUCCACAGUUUAAAUAUUCUGAAGAUCUAAAUCCAAAAAGAUUCUUGACUAGCCCAUCUAUUGGAGUGCUUAAUGAUGGCUAUGAUAAUGUAAACUCGGAUCUUAUUCUGACAGUGAAUUUUGUCUUGAUCCAUGUAGAGAAAAGUAGAAGAUAUAUUGUCAAAGAUCUCCUUGGGCAUGGGACAUUUGGACAAGUGGCCAAAUGCUGGGAUUCAGAUACCGACAGUUUUGUUGCUGUGAAGAUCAUUAAAAAUCAACCUGCAUACUAUCAACAGGCGCUGGUUGAAGUGACUAUUUUAACAACGUUAAAUAAGAAGUACGACCCUGAGGAUAAGCAUCACAUUGUUCGUAUAUAUGAUUAUUUUGUAUUUCAACGGCAUUUGUGCAUAUGCUUUGAACUUCUGGACACAAACCUGUAUGAGCUUAUCAAAAUGAAUCAUUUUAGGGGAUUAUCACUUGGUAUUGUUCAGCUGUUCUCUAAGCAGAUUUUAUGUGGACUGGCUCUAUUAAAAGAUGCUGCCAUUAUUCAUUGUGAUCUGAAGCCAGAAAACAUUCUUUUAUGUACGAGUAGCAAUGUGAAGCCAGCAGAAAUAAAGAUUAUUGACUUUGGAUCAGCAUGCAUGGAAAAUCGCACUGUUUACUCCUAUAUUCAGAGUCGAUACUAUAGAUCUCCUGAGGUUCUUCUUGGAUAUCAAUACUCAGCAGCUAUUGAUAUGUGGUCCUUUGGGUGCAUUGUGGCGGAAUUAUUUCUGGGAUUACCGUUAUUCCCUGGGGCUUCAGAAUUUGAUCUUUUGAAAAGGAUGAUUGAAAUACUUGGAGGACAACCACCUGAUUAUGUACUACGGGACGCCAAAAACACUAGUAAAUUCUUUAAGUGUAUUGGGAGUCUCCAGAACAUAGAAAUCAGUGAGGGUUCCAAAAAUGGAAGUGUUUAUCAAGCACUGACAGAGGAAGAAUAUGAAGCUAGAGAUUUGAAGAAGCCCUCAAUUGGAAAAGAGUAUUUUAAUCAUAUGAACCUUGAAGCAAUUGUUACAAACUACCCCUACAGGAAAAACCUACCGAAGGAAGAUAUUGCCAAAGAAAGUCAAAUACGAUUGGCUCUUAUUGAUUUUUUGAGAGGGCUUGUUGAAUUCGACCCUGCAAAACGCUGGUCACCCUUCCAGGCUUCAAAACACCCUUUUGUAACUGGGGAACCUUUUACACACCCUUAUAGACCUUCCCCUGAGACCCCUCACAUUCCGGUAGUUCAAAACAUCAAGGUUGAUAAUCAUCCAGGUGGAGGGCAUUGGUUUGCUGCUGGCCUAUCACCAAAUGUUGCAGGCAAAAACAGAGCUUCCCUCUAUAGCAGUCCACAUUUUCAGAUGGCACAACAUCCACCUGCUAAUAGUUAUGGUAGUGUAGGAAGCCAUGGGAGCUAUAAUGAUAGUGUUGGGCUUGGAAGCAGUUAUGGAAGUUAUGGAGAGAGCAGUAACAUGUUUGCUUACUAUUCACCUAUCGGUCCAUCCGGUAUGAACAUGCACAGUCAGGGCGGUAUGUCAAUGCUUGGAAAUAGUCCUGAUGCUCGGAGAAGAGUUAAGUACCAACCUGGGAAUGGACUGGGUGUAAGUCCAUCAGGUGGAAAUUUUGCUCCGUUGCCUCUUGGUGCCAGCCCAUCUCAAUUUACUCCACCAAGUUCCUAUAGUCAGAUUUCAGUUGGUUCGCCGGGGCAUUUUGGACCUACAUCUCCUGCAAGAGGAGCUUCCCAUGGAUCACCUUUAGGCAAGACUGCUGCAGUUAGCCAGUUUAAUAGAAGGAAAAAUUGGGGUCAUUCUGUAAGUCCUCAAACUCAAGAAACAACAUUUUCUUCACAUUGGCAUGGUCAAUAUCCUGAUAGCUCAAGCCAAGCAGAGGGAACAUCACAAGCUCCUGGCAGUUCACCAUCAUAUCUACACUCAAAUAUUAAUCCUGGAAACUGGAAGCAACGUGGAAGUGGAGGGGCGUCUGCUAAUCAGAACAUUCCAUCCAAGAUUAUGCCUGGUGCUAAUAAGAAUUCACAAUCGACGGAAUUGAUUCACGACAAUGUGGAGACAGGCUUAUCAUUGCCUGAUCCUGGAGAUUGGGAUCCUAAUUAUAGUGAUGAACUACUUCUGCAAGAGGGUGGUUCAGAUGAAAGCUCUUUGACAACUGAGUUUGGCAGAAGUAUGAAUCUUGGUUCCACUGAACCAUGGUCUGGAUUUGGAAGAAUAAAUGGACCUGGUCAAACAUUUUCUAAUGUAGAGAUGGGUAGCCCCCCAGGACAUGAUCUCCAAGCAGCGUAUAUGCACUCUAUGUCAAAGCCUUUUCAUCUCAUGCCUCAUAUUUUACAAAAUUCUCCAAGCCGUUUUGGACACCAACCUGUUCAAAGAUUUACACAUGGUAGACCUCCCCAUGGGAAUGACUGGAAUCAAAUUAAG